CUAAUGAUUGGCACGCUUGACAGUGAUUGGCAGGGCUGCCAUGACAACCUUACAACGACACCAAGAAGACCAAUAGAAAAGCGAAACAAAAUGUUUCAAUGCUACACUCACGGUGGAUUUAGGGGAGAUAUUAUGAGGCUGGUGUCAUUAGGCGAUAGCUAUUGAAUCAUUCAAUCUUUACUCGUCGUUUCUUUUCCUUGAUAAUUUUCUUUCUCUCUCAGGUCAUUCCAUGGUUUUCAGAUCCCCUUUAGAGCUUUAUCCCUCCCAUUUCUUCCUGCCAAACUUCGCUGAUCGCCCUUUGCUCUUGGCGAGCAGCGCACCCAGCACCAGGUCUCCAGAAGACUUGUCAAUGUUUCAGCUACCGACCCUCAACUUCUCUCCGGAGCAAGUGGCGAGCGUCUGCGAGACGCUGGAAGAAACCGGAGAUAUCGAGCGCCUGGGACGCUUCCUAUGGUCUCUGCCCGUCGCACCGGGGGCGUGCGAGGCGAUCAACAAGCAUGAGUCUAUCCUCCGAGCUCGCGCAGUGGUCGCCUUCCACACGGGGAAUUUCAGAGACCUUUACCAUAUCUUGGAAAAUCACAAGUUUACCAAGGACUCCCACGGCAAGCUGCAAGCAAUGUGGCUAGAAGCGCACUACCAGGAGGCCGAGAAACUGCGCGGUCGCCCGCUAGGACCAGUCGAUAAGUACAGGGUACGAAAGAAGUUUCCCCUGCCCAGGACCAUCUGGGACGGGGAGCAGAAGACUCACUGUUUCAAGGAGCGGACACGAAGCCUGUUAAGGGAGUGGUACCUUCAGGAUCCAUACCCUAACCCCAGCAAGAAAAGGGAACUUGCUCAAGCCACCGGACUCACUCCUACACAAGUCGGGAAUUGGUUUAAAAAUCGGAGGCAGAGAGACAGAGCCGCCGCAGCAAAAAACAGGCUCCAGCAUCAAGCAAUAGGGCAGAACGGCAUGCGCUCUCUGUCAGAGUCCGGGUGCACUCCGCACAGCUCGGCCGAAUCGCCAUCAACUGCGGCCAGUCCGACGACCAGCGUAUCAAGUAUGACAGAGCGAGUUGAAACCGGCACCUCCGUGCUUUCAGUAACAUCAAGUGACUCAGAAUGCGAUGUAUGAUACUGAAGACCAAUAUUAACAGGGAAUACGGACCUGAAAAGACUAUUAAAUAUCGGGGAAGAAAAGAGGACCAAUUGGUUUAACUAUUAAAAGAGAUAGAAGUACGUCUUUUUCAAGCGCUUUCAAAAGGACCCACGACUUCCCCUUACCCCCACACUACUUGCAUGAUAAUUUUUUUUGUAUCUGGGAAAAAUACUCUUUAAGUUCAAUAUUUUUUACAAGGAUGGCCGAGAAGAGGGAAUUACCAGAACCCGGUGUUUAUCACAUUUUUGGUCUAUAUCUGUUUUAGCCCAAGUGAUGACGCUCAGCCAAGACGCGAUCCUGUUUUAUUUUAUGUUCAUCAGACAAUCAUUUGAGUCGUAAGCACCUUUUUACAAACACUCCUGUCACUGCCUGUGGGGUACUGGUCAAAUGUGGAAUCGAAUAGUUAUGACUGUAACAGAUUUUUAUUUUUAUUUCAAGAUUUUAUAUUGAAUUAUGUAUAUCUUAAAUAAUGCGAUCAUUCUCCCAGUCUGUAAUAUAUGUGUAGAGAUAUGCUUGUAAAUAAUAUUCGCUCUCCUUAUUCGUUUGCUUUUCUAUCUUUCUUCACUUUUGACUUGGUGUUCCUUCAUAAAAAAAAUAUUUGUCAAAUUGUAAGACGAAGUGCUCUAGGUUUUCGUUCGUUUGUUGGUUUGUUUCAUAUUUUAAUUGGGAUAAUGACGCUAGGCAACCAUCGAGUGUUAUCGGUCACCUUUUAUGCAAAAUCAGUUAAUUACGAAUUUGGAGUAUUUUCUCAUCGACGUGUUCAGUCACUUCCGUGCUCGCUUAAGGCGCUUAUUAAUCAAUGUUUCUUUACCUGCGUGUUUAUGUUUAUGUACAAAUUUCUAAAUCAA